ACACGCGCUACACCUUACGCAGAACACACGCCUUCGCCGUUCCAAUUAAGAAAACAACAUUCAAAUUUCGAGCGUUCGAAAAAGUUUGUGAACUUAUUAAUAAUUUAAAAAAUAAAUAAGAACUUUUGAAAUAUAAAAACUAUUCAGUGCGCCCUAUGAGGAAGCUAAGGACCGGAAGUGACGUGAAACUGUCUCGUACAGUACCACUCGUCGCGAGUUUAGAUAAUCGGUUGUGACGAUAAAGUUUUCAGCCAGUUACAUCUUGAAAAACAUGCAAUAAGUAGUGAAAGCUUCGCGGUGUAACGUCGGAUCAGUGUUUCGUGAAUAAGACGAGCCGCACGCCGUUGGAAGCUAUCCCAAAGCCAGUGAGGGUAUAUUGAGAGUACGCGACCGCCGCCAUACCCCGCAGCCUGCCCGCAUAGGAUGGUAGAAACUGACCCCGGGCCCAAGAAACCUCACAAUUGUGAUGUAAAAAGGGACCUCCAACUAAACGGACCAGGUUCCAAGAUUGCUGAGCUCAGCGUCGUACCGUCGCUGAAGUCUCCAGUCAAGUCCGAUCCGGAAAAGGGGGGAAACUGUGAGAAGGCCGACUUCGAAAAGGCUAUCGAAUUAACUGGAUAUGGACGGUUCCACUACCUGCUGCUGGCAGUAUGCGGGCUGGUCAGCACCUCCGAGGAGAUGGACGUCAUCUCCAUGUCCUUCAUCCUGCCCUCGGCGCAGUGCGACCUAAAUCUCACCACACAGACCAAAGGAUGGCUGAACAGUAUAAUCUUCAUCGGCAUGAUGGUGGGCGCGUACGCGUGGGGCUCGGUGGCCGACUCCCUGGGCCGCAAGCGGGUCCUCAUCGCCAUCUCCAUCAUCAACGCUCUUGCCAUCGUCGCCUCCUCCUUCAGCCAGAACUACGAGCUCUUCAUGCUGUUCCGAUUUAUCAACGGCGCUGCGUUGGGCGGUUCAGGUCCGGUAAUCUGGUCGUACUUCGCCGAGUUCCAGCCGAAGAAGAAGCGCGGCGCCAUGUUGAGUUUCAUGGCCGCCUUCUGGACGCUCGGCAACUUGUUCGUCGCUGGACUCGCCUGGGUCAUCAUACCUAGUGAAAUCGGAGGCGAGACUGGCGGGUUCGUGUACAACUCAUGGCGUAUCUUCCUGCUGGUGAUGUCACUGCCUUCAUUCCUCGUCGCCGCGCUGCUCUUCUUACUGCCAGAGUCACCCAAGUUCUUGAUAUCCACCGGCAGACACGAGGAAGCCUUAGAGGUCUUCAAGGGAAUCUACAUGAUGAACACAGGCCGCAGCAAGGAGGAGUACCCAGUCAAACAGAUACUUGUAGACACGCCGUUACAUACCAAACCGGAGAAGCAAAUUGAACCCAAAGAGACCAAGUCAAAGAUGCGAAGAAUGCUCAGCGACAUCGUUGAGCACAGCAAACAGCUGUUCGUGCCGCCUAUACUCAAGUUUACUACGAUCUCUAUCACAAUCAACUUCACAUUCCAUAUUGGGUACUACGGACUCAUGAUGUGGUUCCCUGAAAUGUUCAACCGCUUCGACGAGUGGUCGCGGACCCACGACAACGCCGAAGCAGACAUCUGCAUGGUCACCAGAUACGUCACACAGCAGGGCACGCACUCCUCAGAGGCCCAAUGUGACUCUCACAUACAUUCUGACGUGUUCAUGGAAUCACUCAUCACUGUUGCCGCUGCCAUACCUUCCAACAUCUUCGCUGUGCUCGGGAUGGACAGGCUAGGAAGGAAAUUCUUCUUAGUGUUCGCGACAUUCUCGGCGGGCACGUGUUCAGCCGCGAUGUACUUCGUGUACAACAAGACCAACAACCUGAUUGUCAGCGCCAUCUUCUCCUCCGUCAUCUCCUGUGGUAACGCCUCCCUCGACUGCCUCAUCACUGAAGUCUUCCCCACCAACUUAAGAGCGACCGGCGUAGCAGUAUCAAUGGUGGCAGCUCGGCUGGGCGGCAUCAUCGGCAACGUGGUGAUAGCCGCGUUGUUAGACACGUACUGUCCCGCGCCCACCUUCAUCGUGGCCGUACUGCUCGCGGGCGGCGGUCUAAUGUGCCUCUUCCUGCCCAACACCACGCGGACGGCCUUGCAGUAACACAACGCAAACACCGACAUCGACCAGACCACUGAAAUACUCGCCAAAAAGGCGGUCAAAAAAAGUUGGGAGUGGUUGACACGCUCGGUGUGGCCAGUUAUGCGGGCCGUCACGUGAUAUUAUUAUUAAUUAUUAAAUCAUCAUCAUCAAAACGAUCCACUGGUGUAACUAGUUUGUUGAUAUUUUGUACAAUAGUUUUGUAUUUAAUUUAAAUGAAUUAUUAAUUUAUAAAAUAAAUGAAAGUACGAGCGAUAUUUCCUAGUAACAAUUUAGACUGUUGUAGGUUGUUAGAACUUUGUAAAAGCUUUAUUGUGAAUUGCAACAUCUGAAACAGAGUUUCAUCCUUAUCUUGAAUGCUUUAGGAUAAGUAAUCAUUCAUUGCAAUCUUGUUGUAUAUUGCAAAUAUUUUCAUAUUACGAAUUUAUAAUUUAGCGAUUGUUACCGUAGUCUGUAGUUUCAUAGUUAGUAGAAAAACCAUGUGAUAUACAGGGAAAUUCACACCGACUCAAAUUGUACAUAGCAUGAUUUCCAAAAUUUUGACUCAGAAAUUUUAACUCGAUGUUUUCUUAUACUUGGUAUCAACUUUUAGAUGUAAGAAAAAAUGCGAAUAAAAUGUCACAUGGAUAAAAUAAACGAUAAAUGACUCAAAA